AUGCACGACUCUCAGUUCGUAGCACUAGCUUCAACAUUAGCCGGCAAUGCCACUCUCAGCAUCGAGGGUUCGGGUCUGCCGGGUCUGUCUAAUGGAAGCAAUGACUUACGGUCGUUUAUCAUCGGAGAGUGCAACAUCAUCGCCCUUGGCCUUCUCGCAGAUGAAGAAUUUCAGAGAUCUCCAUUUAUCUCGAAAAUGAGCACCCCCAACGAGACAAACGCAGGCACCAAAAAUCUAUACGCCACGUGUCCCACGCAACCUUACCAGUGUCGAAACCAAUCUAUCUUGCGUGCAAUCAAAGAUCUCUCAAAUAAUAUCACCAUAAGCUAUCUCAGUUCUCCUGCCCUUGCCAGUACUAAGCUCAGAAACAUCACAACCUCAGACACUAUGAUUGUAUAUUUAUAUCGACCCCUCUUUCUCAUUCUCUCGUAUGGGAUUGGAUUUCUGUUCACAUCUAUCGCAGUCAUCAUUGGCCUUCACUCCAUACAUGUCAAUGGAGUUUCAUAUUCCAGUCUGUUCUCCACUAUUCUUGCUACGACUCGCAAUGCCGAUCUGGAUGCCCUGACUAGCGGUGCUUCUUUGGACGCGGACCCUCUCGCGAAGAAUAUUAAACAAACUAAAUUGAAGUUUGGUCCAGUAUUAGGAAAGGAAGGAAUGUGCCAGAGCUCGGUACCAGGCUGUGGUGUGUCGCACAUUGCGUCUGGAUUAGAGGGGACUAUUAGGGAUUUGAAAAAGCGGGGACAGUAUUUGUAA